AUUGUAUUUCUAUGCUUAAAGGCAGUGACUGUAGACACAUUUAAAGAGGAGAGCCCAACAACAACAUCUGCUGAUCACAAACAAACACAGCACACCAAAUCAUAGCAGUAUGAGCUCAAAGGGUGGCACUGUCCUGUCCCGACGCAACUAUCGCCUGGCAUCAGACACAGACAAACCCAAAGUCACAGGAAUUGUCAAUGAGAAGUUACUGAGCGACUAUCUGCACCAUGUGUUUCCUGCCUCCAGUAAGCCGGGACCGGCAUCAGCGGCGUACAGGAAAACCCUGACGUUCCAGGAUCUCGGAGCUCAUCUGGAGAAGCUGCUGGCUGAAGAUAAUGUGACUGAGGACAGCAGAGAUCAGAUAGAAGGCUGUCUUGGACCUUCAACUGUUGUCCUGGAUCACAGCAGUGGGUUUGAAGGGCUGUUAUUUGUUGACGAUGACCUUUUGGGGGUCAUCGGCCACAGUAACUUCAGCUCCAUCAGAGCCACCACUUGUGUUUACAAAGGGAAAUGGGUCUAUGAAGUUCUCAUCUCAUCUCAAGGCCUAAUGCAAAUCGGAUGGUGCACAUUGAACUGCAGAUUCAACCAAGAGGAAGGGGUCGGGGACACGCCGGACUCGUACGCUUACGACGGAAACAGAGUUCGCAAAUGGAACGUGACAACCACCAACUACGGCAAGUCCUGGGCUGCUGGUGAUAUCGUCAGCUGUUUGAUAGAUUUGGAUGAGGGAACCAUUACGUUUUGUCUUAACGGACAGUCUCUCGGUGUUGCGUUCAGCAAUAUUAAGACGGGGCCAGGCGUCGCAUAUUUCCCUGCAAUCAGCCUUUCCUUCAAAGAGUCUGUAGCCUUCAAUUUCGGCAGCCGUCCUCUCAGGUACCCUGUGGAAGGUUACCUUCCUCUUCAAAGCCCACCAACUACUGACCUCAUCAAAGCCAACAGGCUUCUGGGAUACCUCAAGACAGUCCUGUCCACCUACAUCGACACACAGGAGGAGAAGCUUGUGGAGAGAGACAGCGGAGUCUGGCAGAUUCAAGGAGAUCCCACCAUCCUGGUCACCCUUGCACAUAUAUUCAACCACUUCGCACCUCUCAUGUGCAAAGUGUACUUAGUGGAGGAUGUGCUGAUGAACUUCCUGUUGAGUAUUUUGGAGGGUGGAGGAUCUGUCGAAGAGCAUCCUCUUAUACAACAGCUGCUGGACCUUUUCUGGCUUCUCAUGGAGGACCACGAGGUGAGCGAGUGUCUGAAGCAGCUGAUGAUGUCUCUGCUGAGAGCGUAUCGUUUCUCUCCCAUCAUCCCUGAUCUGGGCUUUCAGAUUCAUUACCUUCGUCUGACCACAGCGAUACUCCGGCAUGAGAAGUCCAGGAAGUACCUGCUCAGCAACGUCCUGUUUGACGUGCUCCGAUCUGUGGUCUUCUUCUACAUCAAGACCCCUCUGAGAGUGAAGGAGGCAGGGCUGGAGGAGCUCAUCCCGACCACCUGGUGGCCCACACGCUUCGACAAAGAGGGCAAAGAUGAGAGGGACACACGCGAGGAGACGGCCGAGGAGAGGCUGAGACGGCGAGCGUACGAGCGCGGCUGUCACAGACUGAAAAAGAGGAUUGAGGUUGUGGAGGAGCUGCAGGUUCAGAUCCUGAGGUUAAUGCUGAACAAUAAAGACAAGGGGACGGGCGAAGCUUCUCGAUACAUUUUCCUGAACAAAUUCCGCAAGUUCCUUCAAGAGAACGCCAGCAAUAGAGGGAACCCCACAGUGUUGUGUCCUCCUGAAUACAUGGUGUGUUUCAUACACCGGCUCAUCACGGCCAUCAGGAGCUACUGGGAUGAAGGCAAGAGAAAAAGCCCAGGAUCCAUCAGCAGUGAAGACGCGUACGUCCCCCCUCAGCUCUUCUACAACGGGAAGGUGGAUUACUUUGACCUGCAGCGUUUAGGAGGACUUCUCUCGCAUCUGAAGAAAACGCUCAAAGAGCGGAUGAGACCGUCUGGCGCUGUGGCCAUGGGUGGCGCUUUGGCCCGUCCCAGCUGGUUGAGCUCCCCGACGCUGGGCAGAGCCAACCGCUUCCUGAGCACCGCCGCCGUCAGCCUCAUGACCCCUCGACGACCCCUCGCCCCGCCGGAGAAGGUCAAGGUCCGGACCCUCGCCGUGGAGCAGAGAACCGAAGAAGACAUUGAGGGAAGCCAUGGUAACGAUGGGCUGUUGCUGGGGCGACCGUUUGAAGAGCCUGACCAGCCAAUCACAGAGAAGUCGCUGCUGGAGAUUCUGGACGGGGUUGUGAUGAUGUACAAUCUGAGCGUUCAUCAGCAGCUCGGCAAGAUGGUGGUUGUAUCAGAUGAUGUUCACGAGUACGCCGUCGCCCUAAAAGACACAGACGAGAAGAUCGCCCGAUGCCCGAGCAGAAGACCGGAUAUUUUAGAAGAGUUGCAGAAGACCCAAAAAGUGUUUGCUGAAAAGCUGAACCACCUGAGUCGUAGGCUGGCCUGGAUCAAUGCCACCAUCUACUCCAAGGAGAAGAUGCUGGAUGUGUACUGGCUCCUGCAGGUGUGUAUCCGCACCAUCGAGCAUGCGGACAGCACAGGCUCCCUGUUCACAUUCAUGCCCGAAUUCUACCUCAACGUCGCCAUGAACAGCUACAGCGCCCUCAAAAACUACUUCAGCCCCUCCAACUGCAUGGAGGAGCUUCCAGGUUACGAGGACACACUCGCUCAGCUUGCGGCCAUUCUCGCCAAACACUUCGCUGAUCCGCGCAUCGUUGGCACCGAUAUCAAAGAUUCACUGAUGCAGGCUUUAGCCAGUUACGUGUGUUACCCACAAUCCCUGCGUGCCGUCGAGAGGAUCCCAGAAGAACAGCGGAUGGCUAUGAUGAGGAACUUACUGGCUCCAUAUGAACAGAGACCUUGGGCUCAAACGAACUGGAUCCUGGUUCGUCUUUGGAGGGGUUGUGGCUUUGGCUACAGGUACACACGUCUGCCUCAUCUGCUGAAGACCAAACCGGAGGACGCAAACCUGCCCAGCCUGCAAAAGCCCUGUCCAUCACUACUGCUGCAGAGACAUAUGGCUGAACUCCUUAGUCAAGACAAAGACAUGGCUGCCAGUUUCCUCAAUAGCGUCUUAAACCAGCUCAACUGGGCCUUCUCCGAAUUCAUCGGCAUGAUACAGGAGAUCCAACAGGCAGCUGAGUGGCCUGAGAGGAAUUUCGUGGACACGCGGCAGUUAAAAGUGUGCGCGACCUGUUUUGACCUGUCUGUCAGUCUGUUGCGGGUCCUGGAGAUGACCAUCACUCUAGUGCCGGAAAUAUUCCUGGACUGGACCCGCCCCUCCGCCGAGCUGUUGCUACGCCGAUUGGCUCAGCUCCUGAACCAGGUGUUAAAUCGAGUCACGGCAGAAAGAAACCUCUUUGACAGGGUGGUCAACUUGCGCCUCCCAGGCCUGGAGAGUGUCGAUCACUACCCCAUCCUAGUGGCUGUUACAGGGAUAUUGGUGCGCAUUCUGGUCGACUCCGAUAAACAAGGGAUCUCAAGGGCUGCGUCUGUGCUGCUGUCGGAUCCUUGCUUCCAGCUUCGCUCCAUCCAGUACCUGCUCGGAGAAGGAGAUGCCAGAGCCGCCAGCGCCGACCGCAAACACUUCUCUCUGCACACAUAUACGGACUACAUCAGCACGGAGGAAGAGCAGAAGGUAGAACAGAUGCUAACUUUCCUGACGGAGGAGUCCAAGCAGGCAGCUGCCAGCACAGCGCCGACCAGCGAGGAUGAUCUCUGCCCGAUCUGCUAUGCACACUCCAUAUCAGCCAUCUUCAAGCCCUGCUCCCACAAAUCCUGCAAGGCCUGUAUCAAUCAGCACUUAAUGAAUAACAAGGACUGCUUCUUCUGCAAGGCCACUAUCACUGGAGUGGAUGAUUACACCAAACCGGCCAGCUCUUAGUGCGCCCUUUACACACACACACACACACACACAUUUUGUGUUCAAAAAUCCACAUUAUGUACACUUUCACCAAAGACUUCACUU